UAUCAACUCUCACUCAUGGCUUCAUUCAUCUUUCACAUCCUUUCAUUGAUCUUAUUUCACUUAUUUUUAGCAUCUUCUGCUCGAACCCCGACCCGAAGAGAACAAACCGGCAUUCGAGCCACUCUAACUCUUGUCGAUUCCGGUCAAACUCUACCCAAAUAUACUUCUACAAACCCACUGACCAAUGACCCCUCGGCUUCACUUGUAAAAUCUCCUUUGAAAGCUUCCAGAGACGUGUACUCUAUGAACCUAGCCAUUGGGACUCCACCCGUGUCAUUUUCAGCCAUGAUGGACACUGGAAGCGACCUCAUAUGGACAAAAUGCAAAACCAGGGGUUCGGGUUCAGCCCGCUCGUUUGACCCUAGUGAGUCCAAAACUUUCUCUCAAGUUGAUAAAAGUUGCACCGAGUUAAAGCUUGACGGUUGCAAUCAGAACUAUGCAGAUGGUAAUUCAGUAAGUGUAAGUUUGGGCCAGGAGACCUUAAAAGUUGGGGAUGAGAAUUUUAAGAAUGUAACAUUUGCCUGUGGGACACCUGAUAAAGAUAUUCCAUAUGAUGGAAUUUUAGGAAUGGGGCGUGGGGAUUUGUCGUUGGUUUCGCAGUUGAAAGAGAGUGUCUUCUUAUAUUGUUUGGGUUCUAGAUUUGAGCCAAAAACAAGCAGUGUUUUGCUAACAGGCUCUAAAGCAACAAGUCAAAACAUCAACACCCAAACUACGCCUUUGCUCAAACAAGAUGGCAAGUCGUAUUACUAUGUCUCCCUUGAAGGAAUCUCAGUAGGCAAAACUAAACUUGCGGUCACAAAAUCUGAUUUCGCCAUCAGUAGUUAUGAUGGAAGUGGAGGGAUGAUCAUCGACUCAGGUACGACCUUCACAUACUUGGAAAAAGGUAUUGUUAAUAUGAUUAGUGACGAGUUCAUUAAGCAAACAAAGCUUGUAAAGCAUGGGAAUCAUAAUCCGUACAUGGGUCUUGAACACUGUUUCAAGCCUCCAGGUAAUGUCCAUGUCCCCAAUGUUGUUUUCCAUUUCGAGGGUGCAGAUUGGGUGUUGCAAAGACAGAAUUACAUCUAUGAAAAGAACGGUAAAAAUGUGGCGUGUUUGGCCUUCAUAGCCAACAAUGAGGAUUACGAUCAUGUGUCAAUUUUUGGAAACAUGAACCAACAGAACAUGAUGGUGGUUUACGAUCUUGACAACAACAAUCUGUCAUUUAAGCCUGCAGACUGCAAAAAUUUGUGAUCGAUUACGAAUAUUGGAUUUUACCUUUCUCGUUAACAAAGUGAUUUUAGAUUUCAUCUUCGGUAUUGAAUAAAUUAGUGUUGUAUUCUACAUGUUUUAAUUGUUGGUUAAGUUGGGUUGACAGUUUAGUAUUAUCUGUAAUCAGUUUCAGUAUUGAUUCAUUUUCAGAAGUGUAAAAUGAUCUAUUAGUGUGUAAUGGAU